AUGGGAUCUGUGGCAAUCCAAUUUGCCCUGGGAGGUCUCACAGAAUGGUAUCCCACAUUCUUGGUUCGCUUCGCCGAGAUGCCCGAGUCCAUGUCUGGUCUUGUGCUGAGUGGCUCGUGCAUCAUCAGCGGCAUCGGUGGCACGGUUCUCGGCUCCAAAGUGGCCGACUCCGCUGCACGAAGGAUUGGGAGCGGUGCGUAUUUCUUGGUGCCCGCAGCCUUUAUGGUACCUGCUACGGCCCUGGUGGCUUUGUCCGUGAACCUGAAAGAGAAGCUGCCCUUGAUCAUUGCGUUGGUCCUGGGAGAGACUUGUUUCUUCUCCUACCAGGCUCCCAUCACUGCCCUUUCCAUGUCAAUGAUUCCAGUGCACACGCGUGCCCGGGGAUCCUCACUGCAGAUCUUGUUGUGCCACGUCUUGGGCGAUGUGAUCAGUCCACCCAUCAUCGGGAAGAUCUCAGUGUCCAGCAGCUUGCGCGUGGCUCUGCAACUGCCGUGGGUGGCGGUGCUGAUCGCGGGUCUGACCUGGGGUGCGGGAUAUUUCUGUUUGGCACCUCCACCGAUGGAGAUCAAGCCAAAGGCCAAUGAUCAAGGAACGCUUUGCGUCCUUUUACACCGAGGGAUUUCCUGUCUCGAUCAUUUCUGCGAUGACUCAGACCACUCAGAUGAACAAAAGGAUGCCGAAUGA